AUGGCUGCAAUACGAAAAAAACUUGUUAUUGUUGGCGAUGGUGCUUGUGGUAAAACAUGCCUAUUGAUUGUAUUUAGUAAAGAUCAAUUUCCAGAAGUUUAUGUUCCAACUGUAUUUGAAAAUUAUGUAUCAGAUAUUGAAAUUGAUGGAAAGCAAGUUGAAUUAGCUUUAUGGGAUACAGCUGGACAAGAAGAUUAUGAUCGAUUACGACCACUUUCUUAUCCAGAUACAGAUGUUAUUCUUAUGUGUUUUGCUAUUGAUAGUCCUGAUAGUCUUGAAAAUAUUCCAGAAAAAUGGACACCUGAAUGCAAACAUUUUUGUCCAAAUGUUCCAAUCGUUCUCAUAGGUAAUAAAAAAGAUUUACGAAAUGACGAAGCAACUAAAAGAGAAUUAAUAAAAAUGAAACAAGAACCAGUUCGAUCUGAAGAAGGUCGAGCUAUGACAGAAAGAAUUGGUGCUGUUGGUUAUCUUGAAUGUUCAGCUAAAACUAAAGAAGGUGUUCGUGAAGUAUUUGAAUUCGCUGCACGUUCAGCAUUAAUGCGUAAACGAAAACGAAAAGGUGGUUGUUUAUUAUUCUAA